ACCAAAAGCGAGGCAGAGGAACGACCAGGUCUGAUGCUUUGUCUCUUUUGUACUGCCUGCUGGAGAUGAGCCUAGGCUUGACCUGACCAUGAUUCCAAGGACUGGCACUUCUUUUUUACCCCCAGUUUGUAGAGAUCCAGACCUUCUCUUCUUAAUUGCCAAGAAAAUUAAAUUAUUGCUGAAUUUGGGAAUCUAGGCAGCACCAGCUUACUUUUUCCCUGCAUCUCUCUGGAAUCGUUUCUGGGAUAUUUUCCAAAUCAUCACAGAAAGCAGGAGGAAUGAACCGGCAGCUAGUGAAAAUUUUGACAACCUUGUUUGCGUUUUUCUUAGAGACAAACCACUUCAGGACGACUUUCUGUAAAGAACAUGAUUCAAGAUCUGGAAAAUCCCCCUCACAGACCCUGUCUCCUUCAGAUUUUUUGGACAAAUUGAUGGGAAGGACAUCAGGGUAUGAUGCUAGAAUCAGACCAAAUUUUAAAGGUCCUCCAGUAAACGUUACUUGCAAUAUUUUUAUCAACAGUUUUGGAUCAGUCACAGAAACCACAAUGGACUACAGAGUGAACAUUUUUUUGAGACAGCAGUGGAACGACUCACGUCUGGCUUACAGUGAAUAUCCGGAUGAUUCCCUGGAUUUGGAUCCCUCUAUGUUGGACUCUAUUUGGAAGCCGGAUUUAUUCUUUGCCAAUGAGAAAGGAGCAAAUUUCCAUGAUGUCACGACAGACAACAAGUUGCUGAGGAUUUCUAAAACUGGAAAAGUGUUGUACAGUAUCAGGCUUACAUUAACCUUAUCCUGUCCCAUGGACUUGAAGAACUUUCCUAUGGAUGUACAGACAUGUACAAUGCAGCUAGAGAGCUUUGGCUACACUAUGAAUGAUCUGAUAUUUGAGUGGCUAAGUGAUGGACCUGUGCAAGUUGCAGAGGGUUUAACCUUGCCACAGUUUAUUUUGAAAGAAGACAAAGAACUUGGUUAUUGCACAAAACACUACAACACUGGAAAGUUUACAUGCAUUGAAGUCAAGUUUCAUUUGGAGCGUCAGAUGGGAUACUAUUUAAUCCAGAUGUACAUUCCUAGCCUGCUGAUUGUCAUUUUGUCCUGGGUUUCUUUCUGGAUCAACAUGGAUGCUGCUCCAGCUAGAGUUGCACUGGGUAUCACUACAGUUUUGACAAUGACCACGCAAAGCUCAGGAUCGAGAGCUUCCCUCCCAAAAGUAAGGAAAUCAUUUUGUGCCACCUAUUUGUUAUUAAAAAGAAAUAUUUGUACUGAUUUUGAAGUUUCUGAAAGAUCUGUCUAA